UCCACCGAGUCACUUGUUCGCCGACGAUAUUAGAAGCGGAGUGGCCGAUUUCUUAUUUUAUAUAUUUUUGUUUUAAUAAAAGCAACGAUCGGCGUCUGUCUCCAAGCAUGGCCACGGGCGGAGAUGAUGUGUCGACGGCAAUCUUGAAGCAGAAGCACAGGCCCAACCGCCUGGUGGUGGACGAGGCCAUCAAUGAGGACAACAGCGUGGUGUCGCUGUCUCAGCCCAAGAUGGACGAGCUGCAGCUGUUCCGUGGGGACACCGUGAUGCUGAAGGGCAAGAAGCGGCGCGAGACGGUCUGCAUCGUCCUCUCCGACGACACGUGCUCUGAUGAGAAGAUCCGCAUGAACCGGGUCGUGCGCAACAACCUGCGCGUGCGUCUGGGCGACGUGGUCAGCAUCCAGGCCUGCCCGGACGUCAAGUACGGCAAGCGAGUGCACGUGUUGCCCAUUGACGACACGGUGGAGGGCAUCACGGGAAACCUGUUUGAGGUCUACCUCAAGCCGUACUUCCUGGAGGCUUACCGGCCUGUACGCAAAGGAGACAUUUUCCUCGUUCGAGGUGGGAUGCGUGCGGUGGAGUUCAAGGUGGUGGAAACAGACCCGAGCCCUUUCUGCAUCGUAGCGCCGGACACUGUGAUCCACUGUGAGGGCGAGCCCAUCAAUAGGGAGGAGGAGGAGGAGGCAUUGAACGAGAUCGGCUACGACGACAUCGGAGGUUGCCGGAGGCAGAUGGCGCAGAUCAAGGAGAUGGUGGAGCUCCCCCUGAGGCACCCGGCACUCUUCAAGGCCAUUGGCGUCAAGCCGCCCCGUGGCAUUCUGCUGUACGGUCCUCCUGGCACCGGCAAAACCCUCAUCGCCCGCGCCGUCGCCAACGAAACGGGGGCCUUUUUCUUCCUGAUUAACGGUCCCGAAAUCAUGAGCAAGCUGGCGGGUGAGUCGGAGAGUAACCUGCGCAAGGCCUUCGAGGAGGCCGAGAAGAACGCUCCGGCCAUCAUCUUCAUCGACGAGCUGGACGCCAUCGCGCCCAAGCGAGAAAAGACUCACGGAGAGGUUGAGCGUCGCAUCGUGUCUCAGCUGCUCACGCUCAUGGACGGCCUCAAGCAGCGCACGCACGUGGUCGUCAUGGCGGCGACGAACCGGCCCAACAGCAUCGACCCCGCGCUGCGUCGCUUCGGCCGCUUUGACCGGGAGGUCGACAUCGGAAUCCCGGACUCGACGGGAAGGCUGGAGAUCUUGCAGAUCCACACCAAGAACAUGAAGCUGUCGGGGGACGUGGACCUUGAGCAGGUCGCGAACGAGACACAUGGCCAUGUGGGCGCCGACCUGGCGGCUCUGUGCUCGGAGGCCGCGCUGCAGGCGAUCCGCAAGAAGAUGGACGUCAUCGAUCUGGACGACGAAACCAUCGACGCCGAAAUCAUGAACUCCCUCGCCGUCACCAUGGACGACUUCCGGUGGGCCCUGGCUCAGAGCAACCCGUCGGCGCUGCGCGAGAUGGUGGUGGAGGUGCCCAACGUCACGUGGGAAGACAUCGGUGGCUUGGAGAGCGUCAAGAGGGAGCUGCAGGAGCUGGUGCAGUACCCCGUCGAGCACCCGGAGAAGUUCCUCAAGUUCGGCAUGACGCCCUCCAAGGGCGUGCUGUUCUACGGACCGCCAGGCUGCGGCAAGACGCUGCUGGCCAAGGCGAUCGCCAACGAGUGCCAGGCCAACUUCAUCUCCAUCAAGGGACCCGAGCUGCUCACCAUGUGGUUCGGCGAGUCGGAGGCCAACGUGCGUGACGUCUUCGACAAGGCGCGUCAAGCGUCUCCCACGGUCCUCUUCCUCGACGAGCUGGACUCGAUCGCGAAGGCGCGCGGAGGCGGCGGCGGGGACGGGGGUGGAGCGGCCGACCGCGUCAUCAACCAGAUCCUCACCGAGAUGGACGGCAUGGGCGUCAACAAGAACGUCUUCAUCAUCGGGGCCACCAACCGGCCCGACAUCAUUGACCCCGCCAUCCUGCGCCCGGGACGCUUGGAUCAGCUGAUCUACAUCCCAUUGCCAGACGAAAAGUCUCGCACGGCCAUCCUCAAGGCCAACCUGCGCAAGUCGCCCAUCGCAAAGGACGUGGACAUCGGCUACCUCUCCAAGACGACCAACGGCUUCUCGGGCGCAGACCUCAUGGAGAUCUGCCAGCGCGCGUGCAAGCUCGCCAUUCGCGAGAGCAUCGAGGCCGAGAUGAGGCGCGAGCGCGAGCGACAGGCAAACCCGGACGCCGCCAUGGACGUGGAAGAUGAGGACCCGGUGCCCGAGAUCCGGCGCGACCAUUUCGAGGAGGCGAUGCGCUUUGCCCGCCGCUCCGUCUCCGACAACGACAUCCGCAAGUACGAGAUGUUCGCGCAGACGCUGCAGCAGAGCCGCGGAUUCGGCAGCUUCCGAUUCCCGGGCGGAGUCCAGGGCGGUCCCGGCGGAGGCCAGGGCGGUGCCGGAGGCGCCGGUGGUGCCGGAGGCGCCGGCGGUAGCGGCGGCGGCAGCGGCGGCAUGUACCAGGACGAUGGCGACGACGACCUCUACAGCUAGAGACGGCGCAGCAGCAGCGGCGGCGGUAGUACGGCGCACGACGGGACAGUUUGCUCGACGGUGUUGACCUCCGUAGUAGCCAGACGUGACGGGGUAGUGUACGGCCUAACACGAGGACGACGAUUACGAUGCAUUCUCGCUAUCGAUCGGGGAACCUACGGUCGGCGGCCAGUACCCGGACCCCCCCCCCACACCCACCCCCAUAGCUUUAUGUUGAUGUCGCAAUGGCCGCAGCGCACGCGAAACGGCCUGCAAACAACGUCAAUCCUGCACUGCAGGCGUGUUGGCCGCUCUGAUCGGGUACUGGAGGGGGGGAAUAAUUUUCAUCCCGGCAACACUUUCUGAUUUUUACUGGGCCAUGUCAAUUCUUUCACUGGACGGGCUUCUUGCAUCGACAGAAGGUGGAUCCGGAGCCUUGUGUGUGUGUGUUGACGUGUGGCUACCAGUGGUAUCUGAAAUUCUUAAGGGCAAGGUUCCUCCACCCCUGCUAUAGAUUGUGUCCAAUGGCGUGCGCGGUGUAACAUACGACAGGCGCACGCUUGGACGACGAUGAUGACGACGGCGAUUAAGAUGUCCCUUAAUUCUAGAUUUGAAGCUUUCGUGACUGCAAGGAUUCGUAUUCUUAGUUCUUUCGGUAAAGUCACGUAGGUAAAAAAUGUAAUCAAAAUUAAUAAAAAAAAAAUCACG